CCCCUUUCUCCCACCAUUGACUCUCUCCCUUUAUUAAUUUCCUCCUCCUUCCCAACACCGGAAGAAACAUAAUCACACCAACAGAGAUAUUGAUUAUGGAUUCCCUCUCUUCUUCCCCGUACUCUCACCAUCUUUUCACUGCCUUGGCUUGCUUCAUUUCCGCCGUCCUCUUCUUUCUCUCCAAAUCCAGUAAGAAGCUCAACCUUCCGCCCGGGCCGCCUGGUUGGCCGGUGGUCGGAAACCUCUUUCAGGUGGCUCGCUCUGGGAAACCGUUUUUCCAGUACGUGAGGGACCUCAGGCCCAUUUAUGGCCCCAUUUUCACUCUCAGGAUGGGGAGCCGAACCAUGAUCGUGGUCAGUAGCGCUGAGCUGGUCCACGAAGCUUUGAUCGAGAAGGGCCAAGUUUUCGCCUCCCGCCCCAGAGAGACCCCGACCAGGUCCGUUUUCAGCUGCAAUAAGUUCACGGUCAAUGCGGCGGUCUACGGCCCCGUCUGGCGCUCGCUGAGGCGGAACAUGGUGCAGAACAUGCUCAGCUCCUCCCGCCUGAAGGAGUUCCGGUGUGCCAGAGAGGCGGCGAUGGGUAAGAUGGUCGGCAGGAUUCAGGCCGAAGCGGCGGGGAACGGCGGAGCGGUUUGGGUGCUGAAGAACGCCCGGUUCGCGGUUUUCUGCAUUUUGCUCGCGAUGUGUUUCGGGAUCGAGAUGGACGAGGAGAUGAUCGAGACCGUCGAUCAAAUGAUGAAGAAGGUCUUGAUCGUGCUCGAUCCGAGGGUGGACGAUUAUCUCCCGAUUCUCAGCCCCUUCUUCUCCAAGCAGGUAAAACGGGCAAUGGAGGUGAGGAAAGAGCAGAUCGAAACGAUCGUCCCGCUAAUCGAGAAGCGGCGGAGGGCUUUGCAAAACCCUAAUUCCGACGAAACGGCGUCGUCCUUCUCGUACCUGGACACCCUGUUCGAUCUCAAAGUGGACGGGAGGAAAUCGGGCCCGACUGACGCGGAGAUCGUGACGCUCGUCUCCGAGUUCCUCAACGGCGGGACCGACACGACGGGGACCGCCAUCGAGUGGGCGGUGGCGCGUAUGAUCGACAAUCCGGCGAUUCAGUCGAGGCUGUACGAAGAAAUCAGCGCCGCCGUCGGGGAGCGGAAGGUGGAGGAGAGCGAUUUGGAGAAAAUGCCGUACUUAACCGCCUUCGUGAUGGAACUUUUACGAAAACACCCCCCGACUUACAUGUCGUUGACCCAUGCGGUGAUUGAACCGGCUAAAUUGGGCGGGUACGACAUACCCACGGAUUGCAACGUUGAGAUCUUCUUGCCGGGUAUAUCCGAGGAUCCGAAGAUAUGGUCCAACCCGGAUGAGUUCGACCCGGAGAGAUUCCUGUCCGGACGGGAGACCGCCGACAUCACCGGGGUCUCCGGAGUGAAGAUGAUCCCGUUCGGGGUUGGCCGGAGAAUCUGCCCCGGGUUGAAUAUGGCCACCUUGCAUGUGAAUCUGAUGGUGGCCCGACUGGUUCAGGAAUUCGAAUGGUCCGUUUACCCGGAAAACACCAAAGUGGAUUUUAGUGAGAAAUCGGAAUUCACUGUGGUGAUGAAGUACCCCCUCAGAGCCAAAGUUAAGCCAAGGGCAUAAUAAUAACAAUAAUUAUAUAUUUGCAAAAAAAAAAAUAACAAUAAUUAUAUAGUUAUAUUUAUAAAAGUAAUUAUUAAUUCAAAAAUGUAGCAUUUUUGUUCUAAAAGAAAUAGGCAAGUGAAUGGGCCACUGAGCACUGUUGGGUAUGAUUGGGGAAUUGCUGAUUAGCAUUUAAGUCACUGCUGUUUAUGAUCUUAAUUAAUUGUUACUCGUCAUUAAAUAUAUGUAAACACUGUAUUUUGUCAUUUAAUAUUGGAAAAAUUGAUAGUAAUAAUCCCAAUUAUUGGCGGUCCGCUCAUAAUAAUCCCAACUAUCGAUUAUUUCAGAAUAAUCCCAACUAUAGGGACCUUCCGCCAAUAAUGGUUCAUGUAAAUAAAUUCUUGUGAUUUUUAAAGUGGAUGAAAAGAGAUAUAGCAAGUAAUCCCUAUAAAUAAUCCCAACUUUUAAUUUUUAUGCUUAAUUUCUAUUUAAAAAUCACUUGUUAUAGGAGGUAAUAUAUGGUCAUGGACCAUUAUUGGCGGACGGUCCAUAUAGUUGGGAUUAUACAAAAAUAAUCAAUAGUUGGGAUUAUUGUCAGCGGAUCGGCAAUAGUUGGGAUUAUUAUUUACAAUUUUUCCUUUAAUAUUUUAAUAUGAAGUAAUAAAUUACAUUAUACUGCC